UAAAAAAAUUCUAAAAAUAGCACCCAAUCCGAAAAAAUUCCAAAAAUAGCACCAUUUUCCAAAAACCUCCACCCGAAUAAGCGGUUUAGGCAAAAAUCGCCACCCGGGGGGCGCGUUUUUUUAUGAAAAUCGCACCCCCACCAUGCGGUUUGUAAUAUAUAUAUAUAUAUUUUUUUUUUAAAAUAAGUAUCACAAGUGGUCUUGACACAACUAGUUUAGUUUUUUAUUGUGUGCAAGAAGUUCUGAGUUCGAAUCUCCACCAUCCCAUUUGAAUUUUUAUUUUUAUUUUUAAGAGAUAAAAAACCAACAUGGUGUGGGAGUGGUGGUUCAAACCCAGAUAAUAAAUAGUUUACAAAAUUUAGCACAACAUCUACACCACUCAACUACAACUCUUCUCUUGAAACAAUAAUAUAUUGACAAAGUUUUACUCAUUGAAAGCUAAAAAUUCUCAAUAACUUUAAACAACCAUAACUUUGUGCUCCAAAAUCCGAACGUCAUGAAUUUUUUUUCAUUUCGCAUAACUUUUUAAGGACUACAAUUGUUACUAGGAAUGAAUUUUUAAAACAGGAAAUAUAUUUGGAUAUACAUGAUUUUGGGAAUAGCUUACUUUCCCUUUUUCAGCAAUCCACGUACAUUUCGAAAUUAUGUCUAUGAUAAAAGUUGUAGUCCUUAAAAAGUUAUGCGAAACGAAAAAAAAAAAUUCAUGCCGUAUGGAUUUUGGAGCACAAAGUUAUGGUUCUCCAAAGUUUGACGAAAUCGGAAAAAAGCUCGUUCGGGGUAGCAAAUGAAAUUUUUCGGAAUGAAGGCGAGACCAAACCGCCUUUGUCGGUUUGCGGCUUGCAAGAUCUCGAAAAGUUAUGCGGAAUCAAAUAAAAAAAUCGCGACGAUCGGAUACCCGAACACAAAAAUACGUUCGUUUGAAGUUUAUACCUAGAUUAGGAAUUUUCAAAAAAAAAAAAGAAAGAAAAAAUAGUCCAAAACCGCAUGGUGGGGGUGCGGUUUGCAACCAAACCGCCACGGCCCCAUGCAGUUUGCAAAAAUGCCCCUACCCGUGAGGUUUUCAUCGAAAAACGCGCCCCGGGUGGCGGUUUUCGCAUAAACUGCUGGUUCGGGUAGCGUUUUUUGGGAAAGGGUGCUAUUUUUGGAAUUUUUCCAGGUUGGGUGCUACUUUUGGAAAAGAAAUUUAAACAGUGCUAUUUCUGGAAAAAUCCCGAAGUAAUAGGAAUGGUGGCGGCUUCCUCCUUGGUGGUGCCUCUUCCCUCAUCUUCGGCGCCAGCGGCGGAGGAGCAAACUGGCCAAGCCGCCGCUUUAGGGUUAGCUGGGUAAUGACACUCAAUUUCUAUUGUUUAUCACUCUCAUAUUUGAUGCAUUUCGCCCUUCUAUCAAUGCAUCUGUAUUAGUUUUUACUAUAUUUAAUAUGGAAUUCGUGAUAUUUGGAUAAAAUGCUUAUGAUAGACCUGAGUGUGUUUCUGUACUAUUGGAUAACCGGCUAACCGACCACCACCGAAAACCACAUGUAGUAGCGGCCUCCCCCAUCCUUUCGAUCAAAACAAAAAAUCCACCAAUCUUCCUCAAACCCUAAAAAAACACCUGAAUGGCCGCCGUCGCGCCACCUUCUUCCCCGAUGGUUCGUCUGUCGAUCCGCUCCACCUUCGGACUUGCUCUUCCCAGAAACCGUCCCCGCUCCUCCUCCUUCGGGUCGCGCAAUAGUGAAGACGCGCGCAAGCAACAAAAGAAACGAAGCUCGACAGCUCCUCCUCCUUUCAGCCUUCCUCUUCCCCGUUGCCGCUCAGCCUUCUUCCCCGACGAUUCGUCCACCGCUCCUCCUCCUUCGCAUGUGCAGCAGGGGAGAAGCGCGCGAGCAGCCGAGGAAACGGAUCUCGACAACUUUUCAUCCUUCCGGCCUUCCUCUUCACCGUCGCCGCUCCGCCUUCUUCCCUGCCGCGCAGCUUGCCGUCGAGAGGGGUGGCUGGUCGCCCCCUCCUGCCUCGCUCGCCCCUCCUGCCAGUCCGCCCUCCUGCCUUCCACUUCCCAUCAACAAGAUUUUGGUUGCAUGGCUAACCAAACCCAAAAUUGGUUACUAACCGGUCAGUGGUCGGUUAACCGUGCGUCCGUCUUCGGUCGGUUGUCAGAAGCCACUGGGAGGUGGUUCGGCUAAUCUCUAAGUGAAUAUUCAGUUUUUGGUUAAACCGAAAUUGGUUCAUAUAAUUUAGGUGGUCAAGAAUUUAUCAUCUACUGGUAUCCCAUUGUCUUACGUAUGCUUGUUUAGUUGGACGCAUCUAUGCAUGUUUACAUGAGAUCAAUCCUAUUCUUAGAUCAUCAAUGCUAUAGACUAUGAUUAUGGUUCGUAGAAGCCUACAAUUAAAGAUAUGUUAUCCUAACUUGCUUGUGUUUCAUUGAUUAGGUGAUGUAAUUAAGCGAAAGUACACAUUAGCUAAUCAAAUCUCUAUCGCAAGAGGCACAUGCGCGGGUAGAAAGUGACAUUUUUGAAAAGGAUAGGGAAUUAUAAUAGAUGAUGUAGAGAUGCAUCUUAUUUAGGAGAUCAUAUGCGUUACUAUCUAGAAGAAACUAGCUAAACAUUACUUUCAAUCUUUCAUUGCUACCGUAAAAAAAAAAAUCUUUCAUUGCUUGCGUCUUUGUUUGUUUUUUUAUUGCAUUAGUAGUAUAGUACACGAGUAGAUGGCACGUCAACCCACCUAGUUUUACUUUCUUGCAUUGCAUUUAUUCGAAUUAAAUUGGUUAGAUUUUAGUAGUUACUAUUAAAAGACUGUGAGAACCCCGCUUCUAGGGAUUCUCGAUACUGAUCUUCGGCACUCGUGAUAAUUAGGGAUUUAGGGAUUGAGAUUAAGAAUUAGUGAUUUAGAUGAGAAGGAUAGAAUUGGGAAUCGGCCGAGGCCUUGGACUAGGAUGAGACGAGAAAUUAGGAGUUGAGAGGAGAGUUUAGGGUUUAGGAGACUUUGCUUAAUAUUCUUCUUGACUGAUUAUGAUGUAAACUCAAAGUACAUAUUUAUAGAGAAAUACUGGAAAACCUUAAUAAUAAUCCUAAUACGACUAUAUCUCUACUAACCAUAAUUAUAAUUAUCCUACCUAAUAUAAUAAUAGAAAUUCCAAAUAAAUGUGUUUCUCACAAAGACCUUGUGUAAUACGAUGAUAGCUAUAACUAGAAUUUUUUUUUUAUCACUUGUAUAUUUACUAAAAAAAUCUCCGACAACGGGGUCAAAAACCUGUAUCACCAGUAUACAAGUCUUGUGCUACAAUUUCGUGGUAUUUUCGAGAGGGAGUGGACGUAACCCUCUCCCAUGUGUUUAUGAUCAAGAGUAAUUUUGUAGUUGAUUGUUUGACUCAUACAUGCCUGUCUGUUUCUUUUAGUUGUCAUAUUGUUUUCUAACAUGACUAUGAGGUUUGAAAUUGGGGUUUUAUGACAUUAUGGGGACUUCUGACCACUGUCAGAUUCAUGUUAUGAGGCAGUAUUGUAAGAAACCCGUUUAUGAUAAAAAAAUAAUAAUUAUUAUAUUAUACAGAUAUAAAUGGAUAGCUCUUUGGAGAUCAUACUUAAUUUCAAUCAAACUACUUUUUUAAAGAAUAAUCAAACAACUUAAUCAUGCAUAAUGAUAUUAUUAUUCCUUUCCAAUACUUACUUGAUCAUUUGAGAAUAUUUUCAUUAGUUGAAAAUAUUGAAAACGUUAUCACACAUAAUCAAUCAUAAGUUUUAGCUACAAACUUUGCAAGAAAUGUAUAUGAACAAAAAAAAAAACCCCAUAAAACAAAGUCUAAACUCUAAACUAGGUUGUUGGGAAUAAAUCAAUAUAGAAGAUUGAUAAAAAAAAUAGAACACAAGUAGCACAAGAGUGAGAUUUUAUUUUUUGAACAUUAAGAGUUAAUAUCUUUAGAAAGCAACAUGUAUAAAAUUCUUACAUUAGGGAUCAAAUUUAUGGAUUGAGGGCAUAGCGCAUUGAGCUAAAAAUUAAAUCUCAUUGAUAUUG